GAAGCUUCAUUCGAAGAAAAAACAAACAUUACUUGACAAUAACUUAACUCAACAUUUGUAAACACAUUUAUGGUCUUGAUGUCAGAGCCAGGAAAAAUAUUGAUUGCAUAUAAUCAGUGUUUGCCAGUAUAAAACUACCUAAAAAUAACAAUGGAUGUGCGCUUUCCUUGAGAUAAAGUCUAGAACCCAUCACAACGUGGUAACAUUAUCUACAACAUGCCACGGAUAUCAAUCCUGAUGCUGUUGGCUUUCAUCCUGCAUGUCAAAGGCUAUCACGAUUGUGAUUCGUCGACAUGGAUAUACACCGAUCCUGUCCAAGGUGACAUUUGCUAUUGGUAUGUAUCGUCAACAAAUACGGCCGCUUCAAGCAAUGACAGAUGCGAGGAUAAAGGCGGUAUGCUCGCGUAUAUUCCCAAUGCUGCAGCCUUCAGUUUCGUGCUAGGCUUACUUAAUGACAGGGAUCCAUAUGGAUCGGCUUAUGUGGGAUAUACAAUGAAUAUCAGCGGUUAUUUGGAAAUUCAAAACAGUGGUUAUCUACAGUCCUGGGCUGAUUGGGGAAGUGGCCAGCCUGCCAUCGAUAUUGGAGAGUGUGUGGUGGUGGAUGCUUACACAAAGCAAUGGAAAGUCACACAUUGUAGCGAUGGAAGAGAGGCCGUCUGUUCUCCACCAUAUACAUACGUAGCCGCUACUUCUAUGGCCAGUCCGACCACAAGCCCCACUGCAGAGAUGACUACAAGUAUGACACCAUACACCACAACGAGCACCACCACUGGGACGAUAACCAGCAAUACCCUACCCGGAGUAGGCACCAUGUCCAAUCCCCCUGAUUGUCAGUGCCAUUGCAACGAUAGCUAUACUAUAGUUAUUUAUCCUGUUACAAAUAUCACCGAUGAACUUCAGACCAAACUGGACAGCCUGAAACAGGAAACCAUGGUUAACGAAGAAGCGUUAUCCUCCACGAUAAGGAAAAGGACCAGCGCAAGCGAUCCCCGCCCCUCCUCGGCCUACGUCGGCUACCUGGGAGUGGCACUCCUCUCCCUGAUAUUCGGCGGAAUCCUUCUCCUCGAUCUACCUCGUCUGAUUUUGAUGUUUAAAAAAUAGAACUUUUUUUCUGGACAUGUACUGUACCCCUGGCAAUAAAUUGUAUUUGUGAAAAGAA